GCAUAGUCAAACAAUACCAACAUAUCUCCACCAUUCCUGAAUCUACGAACGAACCGAAACCUCGACCCUAUCAACUGAAUCCCCCAAGACAGCUCGUACCCCAAGGAGAUGACGACUUCCCGCCCCUCGAACCACAAACACCUACCAGAAAAGCACGAGAAUCAAGGGAACGAAUUUUAGCCUCACGUACGCGUAAGUGUGUGGGUGUUGAUCUUAAAGUUCUCUCAUCUGCGGCUGCACCUACAACGAGCGAGCCACCCCGGGCUGAUCACGGGACUAUGGAGUUACCCAUCGCCGACACCACACCCCGAUCGGACGUAAAUUCCACAUUCACUGCACUCUCCAUGAGUGAUCUGAUCGCCGCUGGGCACAUCCGUCCCCUGUGCAUUCGCAAAAGGACCACAGACUCCUCCCCCAUUGAUUCCCUACGCUACGAAACCAUCUAAGCACGAAACCUAUCAAGCCAUGGGUCUCUGUGACCGCGCCGCCGCUCCUAGGCACAUCCUCAAGCCUGGCGAGGACUCCUUCGAUCCGCUUGAAUGGUCUUCUGAUCUGCCUUCAACUGCUGCCUCUCCCGAUCACUCCCCCGAACCCGUCUCCAUCAAGCCGCAACCUCUGACUUACACGACCGUCGGCUCCGUCGUCAAUCCGAAUGUCGUUCCCCAGUUCAGUGCUCCCAAUCGCAUUCAGCGGGAAGGCGCAAACCGACGGCCAUUGCAUACGCUCCUUGGUACCCCUCGGUAUGAACCCAUGGUCCAGACUCGCGCGGCAGCUGCUUCCCUACCAGCUCUCAAUAUGGCGAACUCGAUGCACUACGCACAACAGAUUGCCCGCAGCCCAGUACACAUGACAACUUCCUCUACAAGCUCGACCUCGGGUCGCUCUCCUCUACCGACAAUCAGCAAUAUGCCGGGACCGCUUGCUAAACAGGAGGAGCUUGCACUGUUGAGAAACCUCUUGCUGAACGAGUUACAAGAGAGGUCUGGCAAUAUUCCCGAAGGAACUGGCUCACCCAAUGCCUCCAAGAAGCACACGUCGAGCGCUACUCUUCCACUAGGAGGAAUUUACACUGUCAAGGAAUUCAUUGACGAUCACAAUCGAUCCAACUCUGUACCAGGUUCCGUUCAAGGCCUUGAGAAGAUGCAGACCUUGCAGCGUCUGGCAAAGUUCGACAAUCCAAUGCAACAGCUUGCCAAAAAUCGCCUGUCAUUAUUUUCGGUACUCAAAUUGGAGAAUGCUGGCAACUCAAACGGCUUGACGCCACAGGAGAUGUUGCUACAGAGUCACAUCGGCAUGUCAAACUCGAGUACACCUUCCAACAACACAGGUGAACUUGAUCUCGGCUACAAGUUUCCUCCUCCCGGUCUUGCAGCACCCUCGACGACUCAAUACAGUCAAUCGCUGGCAAGAAAUCUGUCUCAAUCGACUCCUGCACCUGCUCGACGAGGUUGCCCUGAGCCUCUUACCGCGGGGCCUCCUGGACAACGUCAAUACCCAAGCCAACCUUCGACAAGUCACAGUGAGCUGUGGGGCGACUACGGAACACAACCUUAUAAUAAUUACGGCGCUGGCGUUACUGCUUCACCUUGGGGUACUGGCUACAACUACCAACCUCCUGCGCAACCCGAGUUCUUUCCGGCACACGCUGGGAAUGUCAAGAGCAAGGUUGUUGAUACUAUUGACUACACCGCCGCCGCGAAAUACUACAGUUCUGGUGGGUACCCGGCCGACAUGAACGCAUAUCACCAGCCGCUCUCCGAUGAGAGUGCUCGCCUCAUGGAAGAAGGUCCUGUAAAUUUGCUUCCGAAGGCAGUAAAGGAUGCUCGGCGUGACGCCAAGACCACCAACUUUCUCUUCGAGGGCCAACGGCGUUACACUCAGAUGAGCGCACUUGACUACUUCCAGGAGCUCGCCGAUCUACAGAACUACGACAACGCCAAGAAGGAGAAUCCGUACGGUGUUAUUGGCCCCCCUAAGAAGAAGCAGCUUUCAUCAGUCGAACCGAAGCCAAUCACCGACGAAGAGAUCAAGAAGAUGCCGAUCCCAGAACUCCUCGCUCCUGCUCUCGAAUCUACCUGGGGCACUCUGGCUGGCUACAGAUCGGUGAACUGCCCUGGCAGCAAUAACGAGUUGAGUAAGUUUGUAUGCUCCCCGGAAUCACUGAUCGACCCCGAGGAGGAGGGAAACAGAAGCCUGUUUGGGGAAGAUUGGGGAAAGCCAGUCAAGAGAUCUGCUGUGGAUGCCAACGCGGGCUGGGAUACAUAAAUGAAUGCUGGAGCUGGGCAUAGAUGGAUGGUUUCAAAUCUCUGUACUCAUUAGCUUUCUGCUGAU